AAGGCUGAAAGUUUAUAGACACAUGGAGAGUUUCAACGGUGGAUCAUCAUCAUCAAGGCCAAUCCAUGUUUAUUUAAGUUUCAAAGAUGAUGAUGAAAUUAAACUUGCAAAUUCACAGAGAUGCCUUGGCUAGCCCUUGAAACUGAAGAUUUAAACACCUUUUGGGAUGACAAGAAGCUUGAGCUAGCUGAUUCCAUCCUUUUUCCACAUCGCUUUCUCAAAGCAAUUCGACAAUCUAACAUUUCCAUCGUUGUCUUCUCCAAAAGCCAUGCUUCUUCCAUAUGGUGCCUUGAGGAACUCUCUAAGAUCGCUGCACGCAUUCAUAAACCCCAAUAUACUGUUUUCCCGAUUUUCUAUGAUGUAGAUCCAUUUGAGGUACAAAACCGGAGUAAUUCUUUCCAAAAAGCUUUCGCUGAACAUGAACAGAGGUUCACAGCAAAUUUACGCAAGGUACACAAAUGGAGCCCAAGUCCACAAGUUGUCGAUGGCAUUGUUAGAGAGGUCAAGAAAAAAGUACGUCAAUUAGUGUAUCUUGAUGCAGACCUAGUAGGAAUGAAAUCGCGAGUGAGAGAAGUAGAAAAGCUUCUUGAUCUUGGAUCAAAAGAUGGGGUUCGAGUUGUGGGUAUUUGUGGUAUUGGGGGAGCAGGGAAGACAACUCUUGCUAGAGUUCUCUAUGAUAAGAUCUCUCGCCAUUUCGAUGCUUCUUGUUUCAUACUUAAAGCAAUUGAAUUUUAUGAGACCAUAAAGCCAAGUCAUCUCAAGAGAACUCUCAUAGUUCUUGAUUGUGUUGAUCAAUUUUAUGAUCUACAAUUAGUGCUCAAUGUGAUAAGCAUAACUGGUUAGGUAGAGGGAGUAGAAUCAUCAUAUUGA